AUGUUUAUAUUUUUAUUACCUCUUUUGGGAUAUGGAUUCAUUUCCUUACAACUAAAUUAACUUUUAAUGGAAACAAAAGGAAAAAGUUUGGGAUUGAUUACAAAUCCAACAGGAGUGGAUGAUGAUCUGGUAAUGGUUACUGAUAAAAUAUCAAAAUACUCAGAUAUCAAGAAGUUUUUCUCACCUGAACAUGGAUUGAGAGGAGAACAAUAGGCAGGUGUUUAAAUAAAGGAUUAUAUUGAUCCAGUUACUGGAAUAUAAGUGAUUUCCUUAUAUGGUAGCAAAAAGGCUCCAACAUUAGCAGAUCUAGAAGAUGUUGAUGUUCUGGUUUAUUAUAUCAGAGAUGUUGGAACUAGAUUUUAUACUUACAUAUGGACUAUGACGUAUUGUAUGGAAGCAGCUCAAAAGGCUGGGAUUCAAUUUGUUGUUGUAGAUGUUCCUAAUCCUCUUGGAAGAAAGAUUGAAGGAUGUAGAAAUGAAAUGGAUGCGGGAUUAGUUGGACGCAAGUUCGGAUCCAAUUUAGGAUUACCUUAAAGAUAUGGAUUGACAGUUGGAGAAUUAGCAACUUUCAUUAAUAAGGAAUGGCUAACAAAUCCUGUGAAUUUGAAGAUUAUACCUUACCUUACAAAUCAAUUUCAAUGGAUUUUACCAUCUCCUAAUAUGCCUACCAUAGAGACUGCAACUGUUUACCCUGGCUUUGGAAUCUUCGAAGGAACUGAUUUAAGUGAAGGAAGAGGAACCACACAUCCAUUUGAAAUUAUAGGAUCUCCAUUAAUUACAAAACCUGAAGAAUUGGCAAAGACAUUGAAUGCUAGAAAGCUGACUUCGGUAAUUUUUAGACCUGUUUAUUUCUCUCCAACAUUUUCAAAACACAAAGAUGCAAUUUGUGGAGGAGUUCAAAUUCAUGUCUUAGAUAAAAAUUCAUUCAAUCCAGUGUUGACAGCAUUUGUUACUUUAGAUGAAAUAUAUAAAGUGAUUCCAAUUAAAUUCAAUUUAAUGAUAGACUAUGAAAGUGGAAUUUCAGGAUUUGCAGAGCUGUUAAAAAAUACAACUGCUGAAAAGAUCUAUUCCCAAUGUUAAAAUAAUACAAAAGCUUUUUAUGAUUAAGUGCAACGUUAUUAUAUAUAUUGA